UGUUGUAAGUCAGCCCGUGUCCAAUGUUUGCCUGAACUGUUUGUACAUCUGGGCCAUAUUGCAGAACCCUGCCCUUCUUUGUUGACUGAGGAAAGCUCGCUCCCUGCCCAGGUUUUUCAUUGUUGAUCAAAAUUAACACCAGGUGGUGAACAGAGCCCCUCCUUAGGUUGCUCAGGAUAAAUCAUUUAUUAAAUAGGUCUGCUUGUCAGGAGGGGUGUGAAGGCUCCCAGAAGGAAAUGCUGGCGCCAGGGCCCGGAAGCCAGGGCCUCUAACUCCUGGGGUUGAUUUCUUCAGUGAAGUUGCACCCUACAAAGGGAAUAUGGCCAAAGCAGCACUCAACUGAAGGAUGGUAUCAGGCGAUUAGAAAGCAAUGCGUUCUGCGUUUGUCUGGAAUGGAUUGUAGAGAGAUGGACUUAGGUGAGGACUACCAGUCCCCGUUUGAUUUUGAAGCAGGAGUCAACAAAAGCUAUCUCUACUUGUCUCCUAGUGGAAAUUCAUCUCCACCCGGAUCACCUACUCUUCAGAAAUUUGGUCUGCUGAGAACAGAGCCAGUCCCUGAGGAAGGAGAAGAUGUUGCUGCCACCAUCAGUGCCACAGAGACCCUCUCAGAAGAGGAGCGGGAAGAGCUAAGAAGAGAACUUGCAAAGGUAGAAGAAGAAAUCCAGACUCUGUCUCAAGUGUUAGCAGCAAAAGAGAAGCAUCUAGCAGAGAUCAAGCGGAAACUUGGAAUCAAUUCUCUACAGGAACUAAAACAGAACAUUGCCAAAGGGUGGCAAGAUGUGACAGCAACAUCUGCUUACAAGAAGACAUCUGAAACCUUGUCCCAGGCUGGACAGAAGGCCUCAGCUGCUUUUUCGUCUGUUGGCUCAGUCAUCACCAAAAAGCUGGAAGACGUAAAAUUGCAAGCCUUUUCACAUUCCUUUAGUAUACGUUCCAUUCAGCAUUCAAUUAGCAUGCCUGCUAUGAGAAACUCCCCAACUUUUAAAUCAUUUGAAGAAAAGGUUGAAAACUUAAAGUCUAAAGUAGGGGGAACCAAGCCUGCUGGUGGUGAUUUUGGAGAAGUCUUGAAUUCGGCUGCAAAUGCUAGUGCCACCACCACGGAGCCUCUUCCAGAACAGACACAGGAGAGCCUGUGAGAUUCCUACCUUUGUUCUGCUACCCACUGCCAGAUGCUGCAAGCGAGGUCCAAGCACAUCUUGUCAACAUGCAUUGCCAUGAAUUUCUACCAGAUGUGCUUUUAUUUAGCUUUACAUAUUCCUUUGACCAAAUAGUUUGUGGGUUAAACAAAUGAAAAUAUCUUCAACUCUAUUCCUGGGAAACACCCUUUAGUGUACAUUUAUGUUCCUUUAUUUAGGAAACACCAUUAUAAAAACACCUAUAGUACCUGGGGACAUUCACUAGAAUGAUCUAAGAAGCUACAGAUUGUCAUAGUUGUUUUCCUACUUUACAAAAUUGCUCCAGAUCUGGAAUGCCAGUUUGACCUUUGUCUUUAUUUCCUUUUUUUCCCCCUCUUUGAAUCUCUGUAUAUUUGAUUCUUAACUAAAAUUGUUCUCUUAAAUAAUCUGAAUCCUGGUAAUUAAAAGUUUGGGUAUAUUUUCUUUACCUCCAAGGGAAGAACUACCAGCUACAAAAAAUAUUUUGGAAUAAGCACUGUUUUGGUAUAAGGUACAUAUUUUGGUUGAAGACACCAGACUGAAGUAAACAGCUGUGCAUCCAAUUUAUUAUAGUUUUGUAAGUAACAAUAUGUAAUCAAACUUCCAGGUGACUUGAGUGGAACCUCCUACAUCCUUAUUUAUCACCGUUUAUGACAGUAAACAUUUCAGUGUAUUGUUUAUUAUACCACUUAUAUCAACUUAUUUUUCACCAGGUUAAAAUUUUAAUUUCUACAAAAUAACAUUCUGAAUCAAGCAUACUGUAUGAUCAGUAGGCUGAACUAUGAACACUGUCAUCAAUGUUCAGUUCAAAAGCCUGAAAGUUUAGAUCUAGAAGCUUGUGAAAAUGAUAAUAUCAAUCACAUUAGGGGAACCAUUGUUGUCUUCAUUUAAUCCGUUUAGCACUAUUUAAAAUAAGCACACCAAGUUAUAUGACUAAUAUAACUUGAAAAUUUUUUAUACUGAGGGGUUGGUGAUAACUCUUGAGGAUGUAAUGCAUUAAUAAAAAUCAACUCAUCAUUUUCUACUUGUUUUCAAUGUGUUGGAAAUUGUAAAAUGAUACUGUAGAACCUGUCCCCUAAUUUGAAAACUGAGUGUCAGGGCUGGGUGAACCAAAGUCUCUAGACAUAUUUGCAUAAAGGCCAAGGUAUUCUAAUAACUACUUACUGAACACUACCACCUUUUCCUUAUACUGUAUAUGUUUAUGGCCUACAAUGUUGUAUUUGUUAUUUAUUAAGUUGUGAUUGUUUUAUUGUUUAUGCCAAAUGUUAAUUGCCAAGCUUGGAGUGAUCUAAAGCAUUUUUUAAAAGCAUGGCUAGAUUUACUUCAGUAUAAAUUAUCUUAUGAAAACCAAAUUUUGAAAGCCACAAGUGUUGUUAUAAAAUAACCUGCUGCCAUUCUUGAUUGCUAGAGCUUUUGUUAGUACUUUGGAUGCAAUUAAAACUAUGUGCUAUCACAUGUGAAAAGCUUAAUAAAUUCUGUCUAUCAGUAGUAUAGGUCUCAAUAUUUAUUAUGAGACCAGUGGUCUGGAAACAGCUUGUUGUAUUACAGAAUCAACUGGAGUCUAUACUAAAAAAAAAAAAAAAAAAAAAAAGUUUUGUUUUUUUUUUUUAACCAUCCUUAAAUUAUUGCUUAAUGGUAUCAUAUUAACAUAUACUAAAUAAGGGCUUUAAGAAACAGGCUGUUGAAGCAUUGUCUCAGAGGAGUGGAUCUGCAGAAGUUUGUCUUUCUAUAGAAAUAUUGUGCUUGCUCAACAUAACUGUUAAAUUAUUUUUUCUACCAGCUAGUCUGCUUUUUAAAAUUCAAACAUAUUCUUUUGAUCACAUUGUUUCUUGAGCAUCCAGCCCUGCUACUAACUUUUCAACAAGGCAAAAUGGAGUAAAGUGGCAAUUUCUUUAGUUGAGUGAAAUACCCUCAAGUCUCUUUGCUGCCCAAAAAGGGAAAAGUGAUAGAAAUCGGGGUGGGAAGUGGGGUGAGUGGAUGAAGGUGGGUAUUGGGGAUGGCUGUGAAAGAAAAUGUUGGAGAAUCACUUUUCUGGGCAUCUACCUAUACUUAAUCUAAAAAACAAAAAAUUAAUCUACUGUAAAGUACUCUGCCCCUUAAAAGAAGUAUUAAGAGGAUGGAUUUAGAAAAAAACAUGAAUUUAGAAAUAUUCAAAAUCGUUUUUGUGGCAGAUUCAAUAUUAUGAAUUCACAGAUAUUUAAGGAAUGAGAAACAGCAAUUAGUAGAAAUGCCAGAAAGAGUUCCUGGUUCCUCUUGUGUUUGACACUAAAAAAAUAGCAAGAGUGUGAAAUCUCAGAUACUUAUGAAAUCUCACAGAUGUAAGGACUCAAGUGUAGAAGAAAAUAUCCCCCUCUUAAAAAAAGAAAUGUCAAUUUAUGGAGUUUGUGGGAAAUAGAGCAAGAAUUCUUAUGCUUAUGAGAGCCAAGUAAUCAGUGGAAGAGAGUAGAGCUCAAAACUGGAUUAUCACCUUAGCAACUUAGAAUAACUUGAAAUAGAAAAAAAACACAUUUAAUUUGGACUGUUUCUGGAUCUGUUAAGAUAUACAGUCUAUUUUUUGUAUAGUAUUGGAAAAUAAAAAUUCUAUAAUUUGGG